AUGGAGUCCUCGCAACAACCACAACGUCCGCACCAUAGGCGUCGGCCCUCUUCGCCGGCGCCGAUUGCUCAUACGCACCACCGUGCGAACCACCACCACCACCUUCAUCGACCCUCGCAACCUCAACUAUUCACCCAUUUCCCACCUGCCGCGACAUUGCAGCUGCGAACCUCGCACAAUACCCCCGCUUCCUCGCCGGGCCUGUUCAGCCCCUCGACGCAUCGCAAUCCGCUUCUCCCCCCUCCGACCUCGCUCUCCGAGAGUACCUCUCCAGCCCCCGGCAACCACCCGUAUCUGCACCCGCUGCAGACCUACAAAGUCAGAGAGACGCACAAGGCGCUCAUCGACUCCGACAACAUCACGGGCCGCAAGCUUAUCAAUCAAUAUGAGGUCAUUGAGGAGAUUGGCCGUGGCAUGCAUGGCAAGGUCAAGCUUGCACGCAACCUCGAGACCCACGACAAUGUGGCCAUCAAAAUCAUCCCGCGCUUCUCCAAAAAGAGGCGGCUGGGUAAGGUGACGGCCAAAUCGCCCCAGGACAAGACCAAACGCGAGAUUGCCAUUCUCAAGAAGAUUCGUCACCCGAACGUGGUCGCCCUCCUCGAAGUCAUUGACGACCCUGAGCUGAAGAAGAUCUACAUGGUGCUUGAACACGCUGAACUUGGCGAGGUCAUCUGGCGCAAGAAGGGCUUGCCCCACAUCUACCAGUACGAGCGCCGACGGAUUGAGCGUGAGAUGGCAGGCGAGCCUCGCACCGAGGAGGAGGAGCAGUAUGACCAGAUUCUGGAACAGCGCCAGGCCUUGAAAGAACACAAGCGUGCCCGAAUGGCUCAGAAUUACAACGCCCCUUCUGAUUACUGGAGUGUCGAGUACGGCGCCGCCAACGAGCCCAGCAGCUACGGCCAACAGUCGCGAGUCACUUCCAGGGAUGACUUCGCCAAUGGAGAUGGAUCAGUGUCUCGGACCAGCUCUCGCCCACCAUCACGCGGCCAUUCCCAGGGCCCCUCGCGCUCCCAUUCUGCUGCCUCAAUGGGCAUGAGCAUGGCAUUUUCCGACCUGGAGGAGGAGGUCAAUUGGGACGACGAGCUCGAGACUCCGGGUCCCGUUCGUUCCAAUCCCAACUCCAGCAUAGCCCUCGACGGGGCCAUGUUUAGCCAGUACUCGGAGGAUAGACUGUAUCGGGGUCGCCGGCCAAGUGUGGCUGAUUCAAUCAUCUCUCACAUGUCUUCGGUUGACUACUAUGUCCAGAACCACGACGCCUUCACCGACGACUUCUCCUACGUUCCGUGUUUUACAAUGGACCAAGCCCGGGCCACCUUCCGCGACACCGUGCUGGGUCUUGAGUACUUGCACUACCAAGGCGUCGUCCACAGGGACAUCAAGCCCGCCAACCUGUUGUGGAGCAAGGAUCAUAGAGUUAAGAUUUCCGAUUUCGGUGUCUCGUAUUUCGGCCGCCCUAUCCGAGAUGGCGAGCCGGACGAUACCGUGUCCGAGUCUGAGGCGAAGGACUUCGAUGAUGAUCUGGAGCUGGCAAAGACUGUUGGAACUCCAGCCUUCUUCGCUCCCGAAAUUUGCUACACCGACAUCAGCAAGGAGCAACCCAAGGUCUCUGAGCAGAUCGAUGUUUGGUCUCUUGGCGUGACCCUCUACUGUCUCAUCUUCGCUCGCAUUCCCUUCCUCGCCGAGGAUGAGUUCCAAAUGUUCAAGAAGAUUGCGACGGAGGACGUAUAUAUUCCACGCCGGCGAUUGCUCCCUGUUGACCCAUCCACCUCCCCUAUGACCACAUCUUUAUAUAAUCGACAUAGUACAUACCCCUAUCGCAACGACAAUGAUUUAGCUUAUGAGGAGAUUGACCCUCUCCUUCUCGACUUGCUUCGCCAGAUGCUUAUCAAGAAUCCCGAGCAGCGGAUUAGGCUUAGAGAUAUCAAGAGGCAUCCUUGGGUCCUCCAGGGGCUUUCCAACCCCGUGGGAUGGCUCGACGAUACUGACCCGGGCAGGCCCUCUUCUGGCCGCAAGAUCCAGGUCAACGAGCGCGAUGUGUCUGACGCCGUCGUGCCCCUGACCUUCCUCGAGAGGGCUCGCUCCGCUGUCAAGAAGGCUGUUGGCAAGGUCAUCCACCCUCUUGUCGAGCGAAGCGACAGCCGAACUCGGCAUCGAGCCACAAGCAGCGUGGCAAGCUCAUCUGGAGACACAAGCAUGUUCAACGGCCCUCCUACCUCCCAUCCGGGGGAAGGUCUAGGGCGCCGUCAGAGUCUAAAGCCCGAUGACUACUUCGCUCUCGCCAUCAAGGACAACUUAGCAGCACGAGAGAAGUCCUUCCUAUCUGGGUCUGAGAUUUAUGAUCCCAUGGCAACUGUCCUCCCCCAAGAGGAGCAAAAUAAGCCGGAGAGUGCGGAGCAAUCGGACUCCAGCACCAAGCCGGUCCAGCUCCACAGCCGUACUCCCAGCAGGGCGGGGCUGCAUAUCAGGACCCGAGCUUCCCGUGUGUUUGAGUCCCUCACGACACCCACACUGGGAUCUGACGGUGCCCGUGACAACGAAUUUCGCGAUGAGACGAGAAAGACAAGAGCAUCUACACUGCCUGGCGACGAUGCAUCUCGUGCUCAGUCAGUAGAUCGUGGUUUAUUUGGUUCAAUGGACAAGCACGCUGCUGCCCGGGUGGCAGUGAGCCCUACGACAGCUGGUGGAGACAUUCAACGUCCAGCAACUCCAUGCCACCCCCGUGCUAUGCGGUCCGUCGACCUGGGACGAGCCAAGAAGCGCCAGAGCUACGCCUCACCUCUGGGGUCAUCAAUUCAAAAUGCCGUCAUUGCCGCCAUUGAGAACGGCCAACCCCCAAGAGAGCUUGCGGCCCCUCGACCCGGAUCUCGGAGACACACUCCUUCCAACUCUGAGUCGAACAUAAGGGCCGGUUACCCCACUUCACGCUACAUGGAUGGACAGCUUUGGGGACUAAGAGCGACAAAAUCCGACCCCGCCGCCAUUCCUUGCCCCCCUUCGGAUGAAGAGGAUGGCCCUGCACGAUCGGCCCCAAUUCGGGGAAACACAAUGACGACUGUCAAGUCUUCAAGCACCGAUUCUCUAGACGGGCUAGAAACGCCCCUGACCUGCCCAAGUGAGGUGACCAGCCCAACUUCUACACAACCACCAACUAAGAAUGGUUCAGAGCAAACAUUAGCCUUCCAAUCCGACCCAUCGCUACCCGCUCUCCUCAGUGGCGCCAGUUCAGUCUCUGCUGACAUGGAAGCCGAGCUGCUCAAUGGGCCGGGUGUGGUGAGCACGAAGCCGUCUUUGCUUGAGACGACAGAUUCGCUCACACCUCCAGCUCACACUAAAGAGCCUGCUGGUGGAUUUCCAUUGGAUCAAGUGUUUGGUUAUCCUUCAGCCAUGGGGAGCGGGUCACUGACGCUCCGGGUUGAUCACGCCCCAGACACGCAUCAGAGCCUCAGCGACGAUGACGAUGAUAGCGACGACGGCUUCCUCGUUAUGGCCAAAUCCAAGCGCAAGUCCACGCCAGUUGCCAGCCUCUCGCGCCGGGCACCUUUCGAAGCCAAGAGAAGGGAUACCAACAUCAGUACCACCAGUACAGAAACAGCUAAGCCUGGGCAAACUGAGCAUACUCAUACACAUACUCAUCAGUAUUCAGCCAGUAUGGAUGGACCCUAUUCCUAA